UAUAAACCGUAUUACUGCGCAAGUGUUGUCGGUCCGCGCGCAACAGUUUGUGUCGAGGUGUAUUCCUUCGAAUCUGUUUUUCAAUACAGUUCCCAUUCAGUUUUUCUGUAAUAAUGGCGCCCACCGUUUUUCCUUGGGAAAACUUCAAAGCUGAUGAAGACGCACAAAUUUUAAAAGAAUCUUUGGACGGUCUAGGCACCAACGAAGAUGCUAUAAUUGAAAUUCUAGCUAAAAGAACAAAUGAACAGAGACGUCAAAUAGUCACUACAUAUAAGACAAUGUUUGGAGAAGAUCUAAUAGAAGAUCUUAAAAGUGACCUUGGUGGAGACUUCGAAGACGUCAUUUUGGCUCUACUUAAAGACCCUUUGGACUACCAAGUAGAAGAACUACACAAAGCAGUUAGCGGUCUCGGUACUGAUGACGAUACCCUAGUGGAAAUUUUGGUUGUCCAUAACAACGAAGAAAUUCUGCAGAUAUCUGAAAGAUACCAGGAAUUGUAUGAGACAUCUUUAGAAGAUGACAUUAAAGGAGAUGAAUCCGGUACACUGCAGAGAUUAUUGGUGUCCCUAUCUACGGGUGGCCGGGAUGAAUCUGGAUUAGUUAAUAAAUCUGCUGCUGUUGCUGACGCACAGGCUUUAUACGAUGCUGGAGAAUCAUCUUGGGGAACAGAAGAAUCAGUUUUUAACUCAAUUUUGUGCCUGAAAAAUCCCAGUCAAUUGAAGCUUAUUUUUGAUGAAUAUGAAUCAUUGACUGGACAUUCCAUUGAAGAUGCUAUUGAUAAUGAAUUUUCAGGGUCAACCAAAAAUGCUUAUUUGAGUUUGGUGAGUUGCAUGAGAGAUCGAGCUACUUAUUUGGCGACGAGACUGCACGACGCUAUGGCUGGUAUGGGUACAGACGAUAGAACACUCAUCAGAAUAAUAGUUUCUAGAUCUGAAAUCGAUUUGGAGGAUAUAAAAGAAGCUUACGAAACUAAAUACUCCAAGAGUCUGUAUGAACGCGUUUCGGAUGACUGUUCUGGAAAAUACCUAAAGACAUUGCUAUUAAUUAUCGGUUAAAGAAAACAGAGAAAAAGUUUAUCAAUUCCCAGUAUCUUAUUAUAUUCAAUACAAUAUCAAGUUGUUAUAUUUGUUGCUUCGUUUAUUCAUAUUAGAAAUAAAAAAUACUUUCUGCUUCCAUAUUGUUCUAUUUAAUAGUGUUAUUAUUUUUUUUAUUUUAGGGAGACUCAACCGGAAAAUAUGAAAACAUAUUAUUAGCAAUAAUAGGUUAUUAAAAUAUAUUCAUAAUUUGUAAUCUAAAACUAAUAAGUUUUCAUUAUAAAAACAGUUAUUUAUUUUUUCAUUCAAACAUACAACAAAGGUGUUUAGUUAUAAGUUUGUACCGUCUCAAUUAUCUCAGAAAAGACUUGCACGAUUUUUAUUAGUUUUGCUUCACAAGCUAAUGUGGUCGAUAAUACGUUGAUAUUUACAUUGUUGUCGGAUAUUUCGUUUUUCUAAAAAUACAAAGGACUUUGCUAUUUCAGUUUGAUACAUAGAGAUAUUAUAGAUAGAGGUAACAAGUCAUAGCCCUCUAUGUACGUCCUUCCGAUUUCGAUGAGAGAGAAAGAGACGGACAAUCAGAGAUUUUUUUGGUUUUGUCUAUACGCGCAGUUAGAAAAGGAUUACUCAAAUUUCUGAUUAUCUCUCUCGUACACGGCGACGGUUAUCGCACUUGCUUUUUGCCUAUAUCUGUAAUGUCUCUAUGGAUGUAUCAUGUCCUAUUUUUGUUUUUUUUUUUUUUCUAUAAAAUUCAUGUGACAUAUACGUUGCCAUAAUUCCGCAGUUAUAUCAUUUGGAAUAAACCGAAACAUAAAUAAGUAAAAACUGCUGUUGAUAUUUUUAAAUCCAAGAAACCUGCGCUGAAAAAAAUCAAUAUUUGCAACAAUCUGUCGAGUAUUGGCAGAUUUUUUAUGAAAGUUUUAAAGUCACCCCUCAGGAAAUGGUCUAAAGGAUUCAUUUCGGGUCAUUCGAUAAAACUACACCUUCGUAUCCAUCUUCUAAUUAAUAAAAUAUAAUAUCAUGUAUUGUCAUUCAUUUUAUUACAAAUAUAUGUAAUAAAUAAUGAUACAAUAAUAAAUAUUAUCCAAGAUAAUCCAAUACAAAAUUACAAGAAACGAAAUUUCUGCAUUAAAAUUCAACGGAAAAUAUUUGGAUUUGAAUAUCACCGGAGCAAAGUCUUCAAUGGAAAAGGGACCAAUUAUUUUAUUGCCUAUCGUUCCAUCCGAUACCUUAUACUUUGUAAGAAUAGUUGUGGGAUUCUUUCGAAGAACGAGGAAUUGCACGUGCUCAGUAUCCAUAAUUAUGUUUCUAUUUACACAAAACGGACCUCGUCGCAAAACAUAACCUUAUUUAUUGGAAUUCUUGGAAUUUAUGAUCGUAUUUUUCUAUCAUUUGGUGAGAAAACUUUUCAAAGCUAUCGAAGUUAUCAUCUGUCAAUUCAUAAACCCUCCUUCCUCGGUAUGAAUGAAAUUUAUAAUCAUAUAAACUUCUAAUCUUCUAACAUUUUGCAGGCAUGUAAAGAUUUGUUUUCACUUAAUCAGAUUUUUUACACCCCGAUAAGAACAGUUGACAACACUAUAUUGAGAACUAAUAGUUCAUGGUUAAGAUAGUGGGAGGUCGAGAAUUAUUAAGCAAGCAUCGUCGAGCCUACCAAAUAUCCAUGUCGAAAAAGCUGAUCAGGCACCUUAGCUUGAACCUUUCAGCUUCACUAGACAAACUGUAAGGCUUGCACAUAUGUUGAAACGCAUGUUUAAGCAGAGCAGUUGAUUGUCAAGACAAGCAGAAGGUUCAUCUAUAUGUGUCUUAGCUUGUUCCAUUGCAGUAUUUCCAUCCAUCUCUGUAAAAACUGUCUUCCUUUCUCAGAGGUUCUGAACUCGCUGAUCCCAAUCUAGCCAGCGAAUCAGCCUCGCCGUCGCCCAACAGACCUGUGUCUAAACGAGCUGGUCCUUGCAAUUAUCACUCACUGUUGCACGAGAAGAUUGAGAUUACUGUGUUUAAUUAAGUGUCGCACGAGCAAAUUCCAUCGCAGAGAAUAUUAUUGAUUCAUACUGAAUAUCUGAGUGAAUUUAUAAGAUUUUUAUUGACUUCUACCUUCACCAAUAUCCUAAAAUAUCAAUUCUUCGUUCCACAGUAUUUUACAAAGUUUAUAAAAUAGUGCAAGUCGUUCGCAAAAUAAUUAAGGCAUUUCAUACUUGAAACUCCUUUUUCAAACACUGCCAAUAGUUAAUUUAAUCUAUAUCUAAUAAAAAAAUAAAAACAGACGUUUGGGAAACGUGAAACAAUGAGGUUAUGUUAUAUUUCUAAUAUAAUCUACCAAACUACUUCACUAUUUUUUAUUAGAUAUCUAUUUCGGUAGAUGAUGCAUUUAAAUUACUUAGAGUACCAAUGAAAUUAGCAGCAUACUAAUUCGUUAUUUGAAAUUGCAGAAGAUGUAAAUAACCAUACAUUUUCUAUCAACUAACAAAGCAUGUAGAUGUAAUUUUUGUUUUAACUAUCCCCUAUUUCCGUAUAUAGUUAAGCGACAAAAUUUGGUCUUUUAGUUUAUAUUUGAAGUUUGUACUGAUAAACACUAUAUUAUAACAAUUGAAUUCUGUAGAGUAACAACUCAAAAACAGUUCAAUAUUUUUUCCACUUUUUAAAUGUUUCAAUUAUCCCACUUCUAAAUGUGAAAUUGGAUCAAUACCUUUUAGAACACUUAAUUCCAAUAUUUUUUAGCAAUUGUUUCAAUAUAUUUGAAAGUAAAACAUGAUUAGUAAAUAGUCUAAAGCUGUUUUGAACUAUAUAAAGCAAUAGUCCCAUCUCGGAAAAUUGUUAAAUUUGAUUUUUUUCAGAGUGACGAGUCUAGGAACAUCAGAAAGAUGCUUGUCGCGCUAAUUGAAUAAAUUUUAAGUAAAAUGUUGAUAAAAGUGAGCUUUAAAGUCACGAUAUGCUUGAAAUAAUAUAGACUGCACGAACAAAUUGCUAAUAUAUAAUAAAAUAAUAUUUCGUUUAGAUACAUAUACUUGUUAUUUUUUAUGUACUGCUUAUAUAUUUUAUGAAAAUUGUAUUUUAGAAGUUUGCAAAUGAAAUAAACGCAUAUUUCACA